AUGUCGGCAGCUGACGGAUAUAUCCAUAUCGUUAUGGUACCUGCGACGGCCAACAAGCGUCCUGCUCAAGAUGCAACAAGUGUGGACGAGGAUUCAAAGUUGCAUGAUGGAGAUCUGCUCAAAGGCUACAGUCAUUUAAAUCAGUCGCUUGUUGCUGAAUUGCAAAGCAAGUUGGCUAAAAAAGAGUGGGUUGAUCUCACUCAAGUCGUAACAAAAUGGGGACGUCGGUAUCCAUUUAAGCGGCGGCAACUGGAGAACUUGUGUAGCAAGAAAAGUAGUGAACAUCACGGCAACGCGAUGACAGCGGCGAUUUCUAGACGACGAGCGGAAAUAUUCUCAGUUUCGCCAGACGAACCUAUCAUUCACCGACCUCUCGCGCCUGAGGUUCAACUACUCCUUGGUGGUGGCCAGGAGAGCCUUUUGAUCUCCGCCGGUCUUUCACAAGCGCUACUGAAGGGGAAAGUUCUCUGGGAGCGCUUUCUGUUGGCUGUUAUCCAAUUGAGUGAACAAGUCGUUGUCAAGACCGGCAUCGAUCUGCCUCUAUCGGAUUUCGAUGUUAUUGACCACAUAUGGAAAGUGUCCCAUGAUAUUCCCGCUCCUCGGCCUCUUGGGGCGAUGUCCAUCGGAAAAAGGACAUACAUAUUCAUGAGUUUUGUUGAAGGUACAACUCUGGAUACGCAAUGGGAUUCUCUGUCUAAUGAGGAAAAGCGUAGCAUCCAGGAUCAGCUGAACGCCAUAAUGGAGAAGUUGAGAAGCCUUCCGGUUCCUUCCCGAUAUCUGGGCAUUGGGAAUCCCCCGCGCUGCGUUGAUACGAGGAUGUGGACGCGGACCAGCCCAGAAUACAUCGAAAAUGAAGGACAAUUCAACGCCUUCCUCCUGGGAAAUCCUGACCCGCUCAAGACGGAACCAUACGUGGAGUUUGUCCGUUCCAUGCUUCGGGAAGAUCAUCGCAUCGUCUUAACACACGGAGACUUACAUCCAAGAAAUAUCAUGGUGAGCCGUGCUCAACAUGGAGGUCUAAUAAUCACCGGAAUUAUUGAUUGGGAAAUGGGCGGAGCUUAUCCAGAGUAUUGGGAGUAUUUAAAGGCUCUUAAUACCAUGUUCCCUCUUCGUAGAGGCGACUGGUUCUUUUUCCUUCCACUAAAGGGUAUUGGCAAAUAUACUGCGGAAUUGGCUAUCGAUAACUAUAUACAGAAACUCUUGUAG